AUGCGCACCUUCAACGCAGCAGCGCACGCGUGCAUGCGGGCGAGGCGGGUGGAGCGUGCCGUGCGCUUGCUGGGGGAGGCGCAGCGCCACGGGCUGGCUCCCACUGCUGCCACCUUCGCCCUCCUCAUUGUCUCAAGUCCUUCCCUUGUCCGCAUAGCCAGGUCUCAAGUCCUUCCCUUGUCCGCACAGCCAGGUCUCAAGUCCUUCCCUUGUCGCCUCCCCUCCCUGUCCCUGCCCCCCGAGCAGCAAGCAGCAGGGCACAUGCGGCGGGCGGGCAUGGUGGAAGCAGCGCUGCACCGCAUGGCACUCGCCGCCUGCCCACAUGAUGCUGUGACGUACCGCAGUGCGGUGUAUGCGUGGGUGCGGUGUGGCGAGGGCGGGUGGGCACUGGAGGUGCUGCAGGAGAUGGUGGCGGCCGGCCACCCGCCCGCCAUGACCGUGCCAGACGUGCUCAUCAAGGUGUGCCAACCUGCCCCCUCUGCCCCCGUGGCCGUCCAGAGUGUGGACGGCUCUUUGCUGCUCGAGUGCACGCGGGCAGCACCUGACGGCAAUCUCAAGAAUUUCCUGCUGGAGAUGAAAGGCGCUGGUGAGAGGGAUGCUCAUUGGCUCACCCCCACUGCGUCCACAUCAGCACAUCUCGUGCAGCUCCUCGCCUCCUCGCACUCACCCGCCCAAGCGCUUGCACCCCAUGUGCGCCCCUCCCUGUCGGCCCGUGCAUGUCCAACAGAUGCCGCCCACGAGCUGGCAGCAGCUGGGGUGGGCCAGCUGGGAGACGCCACGUGGCAUGCAAUAGGGCAGGCUGUGUGGCACAUGUCUCACCGCAAACCCCACGAGGUGAGGCGGGAGGUGAGGCGAGAGAUGAGGCGAGAGGUGAGGCGAGAGGUGAGGCGAGGGGUGAGGCGGGAGGUGAGGCGCGAGGUGAGGCGAGAGGUGAGGCGAGAGGUGAGGCAAGAGGUGAGGCGCGAGGUGAGGCGCGAGGUGAGGCGCGAGGUGAGGCGAGAGGUGAGGCGCGAGGUGAGGCGCGAGGUGAGGCGAGAGGUGAGGCGAGAGGUGAGGCGAGAGGCGGGAGGUGAGGCGAGAGGUGAGGCGAGAGGUGAGGCGAGAGGUGAUGCGAGAGGUGAGGCGGGAGGUGAGGCGAGAGGUGAGGCGAGAGGUGAGGCAGGAGGUGAGGCGAGGGGUGAGGCGAGAAGUGAGGCGGGAGGUGAGGCGAGGGGUGAGGCGGGAGGUGAGGCGCGAGGUGAGGCGAGAGGUGAGGCGAGAGGUGAGGCGCGAGGUGAGGCGAGAGGUGAGGCGCGAGGUGAGGCGAGAGGUGAGGCGAGAGGUGAGGCGCGAGGUGAGGCGAGAGGUGAGGCGCGAGGUGAGGCGAGAGGUGAGGCGAGAGGUGAGGCGAGAGGUGAGGCGAGUGGUGAGGCGGGAGGUAGGCGGGAGGUGAGGCGAGAGGUAUGGCGAGGGGUGAGGCGGGAGGUAGGCGGGAGGUGA